AUGAGCUAAAGGACGUUAGCUGGUGUCUUAUCGAGUAUGUUUCUACUCCUGCUGUGUUUCUGACGUGUUUUGUGUUCUGUUUCAAUGGAAACACGGACAUUAUAAUCUGUGGAGGUUAAAGUAGAAAGCUCUUCUGUUCGGAGGGUUUUAUUCUCGCUGAAUGAACCUUUUAACGGAGUUUAACGUUAGCUAAAGUUAGCUGUUGAUGUUCGUGGACAGUUAGCAGGCUAGCUAGCUAGUGUGUUAGCAACAUGCUAACUGCUGCUAUAAGAAGUAACAUUAAGCAUCAUUAAGAUGUCACGUGAGCUUAUUAAAUUAUUUUAUUAACACAAAAUAUUUAACAUAUAUUUAACUGUUUGUAUGAAAUCCAAUUUUAAGUCAAUAAAUAAAUAUGCCCAAUGUAAUAUGGCUUUGAAAAUAAUGCUGAAAUAAAUAAAUGAGGCAAUAAAAUAUGUAAAUAAAUGUCAAAAUAAAUAUCUAAUUAAUUCAAUAUCGUUCAAUAAAUAAAUAGGAUUUGAAUUAAGGUUUUUUCAAAGGACUACUAAUAUUUAUUUCCGGGGACUUUUAUUUAAUAAUUAUACAUUUAUUUAUUUAUUUGUUUGUUUCAGGAUUUAUUUCAUAGACAUUUGUAUUCAUUUUAUUUAUUUAUUUUAUUUUGACUUUGCAUUCCAUAGUUUUGACCCUCAAAGCCUCCAUGUUGUAUUUUAUGAUUAACGUUGGGUAACACUUGUCUGCUGUGGGAGGAGACCCACACAUCAGCUGCUGAUCGGUGUGAUCAGAGGGAAGCUCACCUGUCCUCCAGGUGAGGAGAGGAGGCAGCAUGGACAAAGUGAGGAGGAUCCUGGUCCACGUCUGUAAGGACCAGGCUGCUCCUCAGAGAGCUCAGUUUGUUCAGAGUGUGACGGGUCACUUCAGUGACGGUGGAGACGAUGAGGUGGAGGUGAUCUGCUCUCUGGAGAGGAGACAGUUUGUCCUCCAGAGAGGACGAGGGACACCUCUGAAGAGGCCCGCCUUCUGUCCCAUCAAACACCUGUCAGUCACGGAGGCAGCUGCGAUACCAUUGAGCGUUCAGCAGCGCGGAGUAGACGUGGGCGUGGCCAUCAUCCUGCAGACAGCCAAUCAGAGAGUGCUGUUGACACGGCGGGCGAAGGAGCUUCGUAUAUUUCCCAACGUCUGGGUUCCUCCAGGCGGCCAUGUUGAGCCCGAUGAGACGCUGCUGGAGGCCGGCCUCAGGGAGCUGAAGGAGGAGACUGGACUGAAGCUGGAACCAGAAGGAGCUUCUCCUAAAGUACUGGGGCUGUGGGAGUCAGUCUUUCCUCCCAUGUUGUCCAGAGGUCUUCCUCAGAGACAUCACAUCGUGGUCUACAUGCUGCUUCUCUCUCCUCUCUCUCACCUGCAGCAUCAGGCGUCUCUGAGGCCGUUUCCUGCUGAGGUCAGUGCCUGUCUGUGGGCCGACAGCCAGCUGGUCAGAGCCGUCGUGUCCUCUGUGGACGGAGAGGACGGAGAGGUUCCACUGGACCACCUGCAGACCACCGUCAGUGUGUCUCAGGUGUCCUCAGAAGGAGCUCUGAGUGACUCCUCUCUGUCUGUGGAGGUGUUGGUCGGCCGGGAGCCGGUCAUCGGCCCGGACGUGGAGCGGGUCAGCACCGGGACCAAGUUCGCCCUGGGGCUGUGGCUGAAGAGCCUGGAGACCUCUGACCUCCUCACCUCCUGUCCUCUGACCUCCGACCUCUGACCUCCCCACCUCCUCACCUCCUGUCCCCCUGUCCUCCUCACCUCCUGUCCCCCUGUCCUCCUCACCUCCUGUCCCCUGACGCCCUGCAGGCUUCAGGAUGGACGCCUCUGCCUCUGUGAGUCUCUGAUUGUUGUCUGUGUGAAGCAGCUGAGGCGUGUGGCCAGCAGGGGGCAGCGUGGACACUUUGAAGCUUCACUUGUUUUCAUCAGAACCAGAGACUUCAAAUCUCCUGAAUGAAGAACUCACACAUGGAGGCUUUUUAUGGCUGAGUCAUGGAUCUGUAAAUGUUUUUAAACUUUAUGUUUCUCAAGCAAACAACAAUAAAUGAAUGAAUGAA